AACGCGCAGAAGGAGAAGCUAGCUUAGCUGGAAGCUACCAGCCAGUAACAGACUGGCCACCCGAUCACGACGUGGUCGCCUUUGUUUUUCCCCUCUUAACGUCUUGGGAUGUUGGAGUUUCUUCCAUAGUCUGCUGUUUGUGUUUGGUGAAAGACCGAUACGACUCACUGCUAAGAUUAUUUCACACAGUAAACUGUGUUUUUAAAUCUAACACUAUUCUAGAAACAUGGCGGAUGGCGGGCACUACUACAACGAGCACGAUGAUAGAACUGCACCACAGUAUCGCAGCCGUAAAGGCAGAGGUGGUCACAAGGGUCGGUCCUAUGACAGGUCCCGAAGAGACCGCCAGCCGGGUAGCCACUCGGGGGGAUUUGGAGGUCCUGGGCCACGGUCCAGGCUUGCUGAUAUGGAUGAAGAUGUUGCUAUGAGUGACAACUCUCAGGACAGCAGCUCCCAGCAUAGAUUCAACCCAUAUGGGAGGCCUAUUCGGAAAGGAGGGGAUGGACGUUUUGACAGGCGACCAGGCAAAGGGGGAGGAGGUGGUAGAGGAGGAGGAGGAGGAGGCGGCGGCGGCUUCAGAGGAGGCCGAGGUGGAGGAGGGAGAAGUCGGUCAGGCUGGUUCAAAGUUACGAUACCACACGGGAAAAAAUAUGAUAAGCAGUGGUUAUUGACAGCCCUUCAGAACAUCUGUUCAGUUCCUUACAGACCUGUACAGUACCAUGUUGACCAUAACAGGGCUCAUUUCUAUGUGGAUGAUUCAUCUACCGCUAAUGCCUUGCAUAAAUGUUCCCACAAGAUCACAGACACAGAUGGGUACAAGGUGGAAGUUCAUGUCAACCCCAGCGCUCCACCUUCCAGCCUGGUUUCUGAUCUAAAGCCUGAACACUUGGAGCACCUGAAGCAAUGCAUGGCAAAACGGUUUGAUGGCUCCCAGCAAGCUUUGGAUAUGAACAACAUCCGAACAGAUCCAGACCUGGUGUCCCAGAACAUUGAAGUCAUCUUAAAUAGAAAGACGAGCAUGGAGGCUGUCAUCAAGAUCAUUGAAGAAAACAUUCCAGAGUUGACCUGCUUGAACCUGAGUAACAACCGCAUUCACAAACUCGAUGAACUUGCUGAAUUGGUGACCAAGGUGCCUAAUCUGAAGACCCUCAACCUUUCCCACAAUGAGCUGAAGUCUGACCGGGAGCUGGACAAGCUGAAAGGCCUGAAGCUGGGGGAGCUGUGGCUGAACAGGAACCCUCUGUGUGACUUCUUCAAGGAUCAGGCCUCAUACAUUAGUGCUGUGCGGCAGAGGUUCCCCCGGCUUCUAAAACUGGACGGCAAUGACCUCCCUGCACCCAUUGGAUUCGAUGUGGAAACGCCCACCACCAUCCCCCCCUGCAAGGGCAGUUGUUUCGGCUCAGAUGAAAUCAAGGCUCUCAUCCUUCGGUUCUUGCAACAGUACUACAGUAUAUACGACUCAGGGGACAGACAACCACUUCUGGAUGCUUACCACGAUGGAGCAUCGUUGUCCCUCACAACACCUUACUCCACCCAAAACCCCUCUAGGAGCAGCCUGGGAGAGUAUCAUAAAGACAGUCGAAACCUGAGAAGGCACAAAGACCCCACGCUACGGUUUCGACUUCUGAAACACACACGACUCAACGUGGUGGCUUUCCUCAACGAGUUGCCUAAAACUCAGCACGACAUCGCCUCCUUUAAUGUUGAUGUUAACACCUACACCAACACACUACUAUCAUUCACAGUCAGUGGCGUCUUUAAAGAAGUCGCUGUUGAUGGAAAAUCCAGAGAGUCAACCAUGGCCUUCUCACGCGUGUUCGUCACGGUUCCAGCAGGGAACACUGGUCUCUGCAUCGUGAAUGACCAGCUUUUCAUCCGGAUGGCUACAACUGAAGAGAUCCGCCGGGCCUUUGUCGCUCCCGCCCCGACGCCAUCUUCCAGCCCCGUCCCCACCCUCACUGCUCCGCAGCAGGAGAUGCUCACAGCCUUCUCGCAGAAGUCUGGAAUGAACCUGGAGUGGUCACAAAAGUGUCUGCAAGACAAUGAUUGGGAUUUCAACAGAGCGGCACAAAUUUUCACUCAGUUAAAGACGGAUGGCAAGAUCCCUGAUGUUGCUUUCAUAAAAUGAAGAGAUUAAUCAUACUUCUGUGAAAUAAAAUCUGCAGUCAUUUUUAUUUAAGGGUUUUGUUUUAUCCUUUUUUUGCCUGUUCAUUUAUUAAGAAAGUACACGGCUUAACUCUUUUGUUUUAACAGCCAAAUGUCAAGUGUUCAAUCUAAAGACUGAUGUUAUGAUACAAUUUUCAGUUGUCAUUGUAACUAUAGUUUUUAGUCAUUUGUAUAUAACUCACUACAUGUUUUCAUAGGAAUAAAGACAGUUGGCCAGUAGA